ACAGACAAAAACUGUAUCAGCUAAUUUCGUCAAUCACUUGCUUCUGCAGUUGUUUCAGUUCGCCAAGAACCACCGUGGCCUCUACCAGAACAGCAUUCCAUCGGCCAGAAGUUUCUACAGUAGCAGCGGCGACGAGGACGAGCUGCUGUGGGCAGCUGUCUGGCUCUACAUCGCCACCGGCCACCAGGAGUACAAGGCCUACAUCGCCGGCGCCAACAACGUCGGCGGGGUGCGGCAGUCGUUGGGCUGGGACGACAAGUUCGUCGGAGCCCAGGCACUGGUCGCCAAGCUCAUCCUCCAAGGGAAGCUGCCCAACAACGGCCGCCACGCCGAGAUGAGGAGCAACGUGGAGAGCUUCCUCUGCAACGUCCUUCAUCACGGUGACGGCCGCAGCGGGCGGCUCACCCCGGGCGGCAUGCUCUACCUGCAGCCCUGGUCUAACCUGCAGGACGUCACGACGGCGAUGUUCGUCCUCAUCACGCACACCGACCACCUGGCGGCGGCGAGGGCUUCCCUGCAGUGCGGCGGCGUGAGGCUGCCACCGGCGCAGCUCGUCUCGUUCGCACGGUCACAGGUGGACUACAUCCUUGGCAAGAACCCAAUGAAGAUGAGCUACAUGGUUGGGGUUGGAAAGAGGUACCCGUUGCAGCCGCACCACCGCGGCGCGUCGCUGCCAUCCAUUAGGAAAUACCCGGGGAAGAUCUCCUGCGGCAAGGGAGCCGAGUACUUCCACAGGUCUGCGCCCAACUUGAAUGUGAUUGACGGCGCCAUCGUCGGAGGGCCUGACAACAACGACCAUUACGACGAUUCUCGGGGAAAUUACCAGCAAGGCGAGCCAUCGACAUACACUGUCGCGCCCAUCGUCGGAGUUAUUCCUAGGCUUCUGCAUAACUGAUGUUCCUGUUUUCAGUCAAGAGAUGUGCAAUGUCAAUGCCAUCCUUGUAAUUUUCUUAUACCGACAACAACACAGGCAUUGUUUCCUUCCAGACUUUGAAAAGAACUUCAACAUCACCAUAGUCCAACUUGA